AUGUCCAAGGAGAUGAAGCAGUUCACCCGCGACGAGGUCGCUCAGCACAACAAGGAGGGAGACCUCUACGUUAUCAUCGACUCGUACGUCUACGAUCUUUCCAAGUUCGCCCGUCUCCACCCCGGAGGCUCCGUCGUUCUCCUCGACAAGGAUGUCGCCGGUAAGGACGCCACCACCGUUUUCUUCGGUCUCCACCGCGACGAGGUCCUCCGCAAGCCCCAGUACCAGCGCCUGCGUGUUGGCCAGAUCAAGGGCGAGCAGGAGAAGAUCAAGCCUCACAUGCCCGGAGACCUUUCCAAGGUUCCCUACGCCGAGCCUACGUGGCUUACCCCCGCCUUCAAGUCGCCCUACUACAACGACUCGCACCGCGCCCUCCAGGUUGCCAUGCGCAAGUACGUUGACGAGGUCCUGUACCCCGACGCUCAGGCUUGCGAGGACAACGGCAAGCGCGCUUCGCCCGAGGUCCUCAAGUCGAUGGGCGACAACAACCUGAACCGCAUGCGUCUCGGCCCCGGCAAGCACCUUCACGGCAAGGAGCUCAUCGGCGGCGUCGACGGCAAGGAGUUCAACUACUUCCACGAGCUUGUCCUCACCCAGGAGCUCACCCGCUGCGCCGCCCGUGGCUACGGUGACGGUCUCAACUCGGGCAUGGUCAUUGGUCUGCCUCCCGUCAUGAACUUCGGCCAGGAGCCCCUCCGCUCGCGUGUCCUCGAGGAGGUCUUCUCGGGCCAGAAGGCCAUCUGUCUUGCCAUCACUGAGGCGUUCGCCGGUUCCGACGUCGCCGGUCUCCGCACCACCGCUGUCCAGCGUGAGGACGGCUCGUGGGUCAUCAACGGUACCAAGAAGUGGAUCACUGGCGGUAUGCACGCCGACUACUUCACCGUCGGAUGCCGCACCGACGGCGGUCUCACCGUCUUCCUCGUCCCCCGCGGCGAGGGCGUCACCACCAAGCAGAUCAAGACCUCGUACUCCACUGCCGCUGGUACCGCCUACAUUGAGUUCAAGGACGUUGUCGUCCCCAACGAGAACAUGCUCGGCCCCGAGAACGGCGGUCUUCUCGUCAUUCUCUCCAACUUCAACCACGAGCGCUGGAUCAUGUGCUGCUCGUCUGCCCGUGGCUCGCGCGCCAUCGUCGAGGAGUGUCUCCUCUGGGGUGCCCAGCGCACUGUCUUCGGCAAGCCCCUCCUUGCCCAGCCUGUCAUCCGUCAGAAGGUCUCCAAACCACCAUCUCAACCGCCACCUGCUAACAACAACAGGCUCGCCCACAUGAUCGCAAAGGUCGAGGCUGUCCAGUCCUACCUCGAGAACGUCACCUUCCAGAUGUGCAACAUGACCUACCGCGAGCAGAGCAAGCACCUUGCCGGCCAGAUCGGCUUCCUCAAGAUGCUUUCGACCCGUGUCGCCGGCGAGAUCGCCGACGAGGCCGUCCAGAUCUUCGGAGGUCGCGGACUGACCAAGACCGGCAUGGGACGCUUCAUAGAGCAAUUUCAACGCACCCAGAAGUUCGACGCCAUCCUCGGCGGAGCGGAGGAGGUCCUCGGAGACCUCGGUGUCCGCCAGGCUAUGAAGUUCAUGCCCAAGGACCAGCGCCUGUAA